GAGAGAGAGAGAGAGAGAGAGAGAGAGAGAGAGAGAGAGAAAAUCCCAAUACAAGUCUGGAGAUGUUUGUCUGAGACUCUGUAUAGAUCUUUUGGCUGAACCACAUAGAAGACAAAAGAAGAGAACAAAAGAGACAGACAGACAGCAGGAAACACAGAGAGAGAGAGAGAGAGAGAGAGAGAGAGAGAGAGAGAGACAGAGAGAGAGAGAGAGAAAGAGAGAAAGAUAGAAAGAGAGAGAGAGAGAGAUCUCAGUCAUGAAGCCUUGUACAUGGUUCGGUUCUCUGACGUUCCUGCUCUACUUUUGUCCCAUAUCUGCUGCUAAUAGACAAAGCAGACAGGUAUCUGUGGGAAGCCAACAGGGGGUGUGUCGCUAUGGUAACCGGCUGGAAUGCUGCUAUGGGUGGAAGAAAAAUACAAAAGGCCAAUGUGAAGCCCAGUGUGAAUUCGGAUGUAAACACGGAGAGUGCGUAGGGCCGAAUAAGUGCACGUGCUUCCCGGGAUACACCGGCAAAACAUGCAGUCAAGAUUUAAAUGAAUGUGGGUUGAAGCCUCGUCCUUGUGAACAUCGCUGCAUGAACACGUUCGGUAGCUACAUGUGCUAUUGCCUCAAUGGGUACAUGCUGAUGCCUGAUGGCUCUUGUUCCAACUCGAGGACGUGUUCUCUGGCUCACUGUCAGUACGGCUGUGAGGAGGUUCAGGGGGAAAUUCGGUGCCUUUGUCCGUCCACCGGUUUACAACUCAGUUCAGAUGGAAAAACCUGCGUGGAUAUUGAUGAGUGUGUAACAGGAAAGCACCAGUGUCCGUACAGCCGAGAGUGUGUCAACACCUUUGGGAGCUACUACUGCAAAUGCAGAGCGGGCUACGAUCUAAAAUACAUCAACGGGAAAUAUGACUGUAUAGAUACGGACGAGUGUCUGCUCAACACUCACAAAUGCAGCCGACAGGCAGAGUGUAGAAACACCGAGGGAUCGUACAAGUGCAAGUGCAGACACGGCUUCCGUGGCAGCGGGUUCGACUGUUCAGUAAAGCCUUUUUAUCAGAGCAGCUCCUGGGACGCUGAUAAAGGCAGCGCAGACGAACUUCAUAACGAAAUCCCAGAAUUCCAGCCGAAGUCACGGGCUCUUGGAGGGAAACUGGACAACACCAUCCCUGAGCCCAGAGUGACCACAUCCCCCAAACUACACCUACAGCCAUUUGAUUACGAUGGAGACCUUUACAUUGGGCCUGGAGAGGAAGUAACAUCACUGAUACCAACCAAAGAGGAGGAGGAGGAGGAGGAGGAGGAGGAGGAGGAGGGAAACGGGGUUGAUACUGAGAGGCUGAAUCCUCGAGGAGACGUGUUCUGUGAGUUAAUUAAUGUGGGAAAAUGUAUACACUCACACACACACACACACACACACACACACACACACACACACACACACACACACACACACACACACACACUCACACACACUCACUGUGACGGUGUGAUGGGUGUGACGUGUGAUGGUGUGACGUUUCUGAUGUUAAGUGCGCCGGGACGAAUUAAUGCAGCUCCUCUACAGGAAAGAUUCCUCACUGACUGCCAUUUUGAUUCGGGGGAAUGUGAAUGGGUUCAGGAGAAGGAUGACGACCUGGACUGGACCGUCCAUUAUCAUGAAAAUGGUCUGCAGUACUACAUGGUGCUUAGUGGAAUUGUGGGUAAGUGGAGGCAGCAGGCCAGGCUGAAGCUGCUCCUCAGUGAUGGGGUUCGUCAGCAGGCUUUCUGUGUGAGAUUCAGCUACAGGUUUGAGGGACUGCAGACAGGAACUCUGCGUGUGAUGACAGAAAGUAGGAACGUCCUGUGGGAGAGGAGACAAGGCCAGGACGAUGGCUGGAACAUGCAGAACGUCGAUGUGACCUGGAGCGACAGAGCUCCUGAAUCGCUUGUGUUUGAGGGAACGCUGGGAAAGCUGGAGCGAGGAGAAAUUGGGCUGGAUAACGUGGUGCUGAUGUCAGGGAGCUGCCGUGAUGCUGAGGAGAAACUGAUCUAGAGAAACGUGUUCAAGUCUUUACUCAAAACCUUUAAAAUGAUGUCUGAUGUCAUGCUGAAUAAAAUGUUCAUAAAGGAAAUAAAAUAGAUAAAAUUUCCUACUUUUUUAUUUUUACAUGUGAAAGGUGAAUGUGAUGGAAAACAUUUCCUGACUCAGUAAUGAGAUCUUCAGCACAUUCUCCAGGAAGAAAAACUAUAAAUUAAACUACAUUUGUUUUUCUCAAUAAACAAAUAAA